CUGCCACUACACUGUUCUGAUGGAAACGGGUGGAUUAAAUCGCGUACGGGUGAAGACACCCUAGAUAUCAAUUUGGUAACACCGCCAUGGGAGAAUCCGGAUCCAACUCUCAGCCACCUAGAGCCGGCAGAUGCGGUUGUGGACUUACCGCCUCGCCAUAUCAUGGACGAAUACUCGGCCCGUUAUUCGCGGGAUGCGUUCCGGUCAACAUUCCCCGUCGUUGACCCGAUACUGUUAAGACACACCGUCGAGGAAACUUACAACCAAUUGCCACGAAGGAGCGACUGCGAAGAGCACGCCCGUGCAACUCGAAUCGCUGCAAAAGCCUGCCUGCAGGGCUUCCUAUCGUUCAUGUCGGUGCUUCUGCGUACGAGGAGGCUGACUCCUGUUGACGCCGACUCGCUGGCGGCGUCGUCGCGAGUGCUGCUCUCGCAAGUAGCCGACCAUGGCAGCAUUCUGGUGGCCCAAGCCGCCAUGACACAGGCAUUAUAUCUUGAGUUCAACGGCAGGUCCCACGCGGCAUCUGUCUACCGCGGCAUGGCCGUCCGGACGCUGUUUCAACUCGGCGCACAUCUCCUGCCGACGGCUGGCUUUGAUGUUGACAUACCCGCCACAGCCACCAUUGCGCUUCACCGACGGCAUCUUCGAAGCCUCUUCUGGAUGGCAUACACCUUCGACAAGGACUUUGCCCUGCGCACGGGACAGCCGCCGCUCAUCCAUGACGACAACUGCGAUCUGACCUUGCCCGAGGGAUACCUCGACCGUCCGCCGGACAAGUCCUGCGCGAUGCCGCGCCCACGGCCCACAGCGGUCAGCUCGGCAAGGCUGGAUAUGCUCCUGCCGGGCGACCUGCGUCUCGACCUGCUCAAGUCCGAGACGUACACGAUGCUGUACUCUGCAAAGGCGAUGCGCAAGUCCGAGGUGCAGCUGCUGCAGGACAUCCGCGAGCUGGACACCAAGCUGGAGACCUGGCGGAUGGGUAUAGACCCGCUCCUCCGGCCCAGAUUGACCUAUCCAGCCGGUUACAUGUUUGAUUUGGGCCAGCGGAUGCACCACAUCAUGAUCACGCUCCAGUACCACCACCUGAUUUCCAGGAUCCAUGGCGCCACUGGCAGAUGCCGUCAUCUGAGCACAGACGAGGGCCUAAGCGCCGCCUUUGCCUCGAGCAUGGCGCUCGCUGUCGAGGCCAGCCGGUCGACGCUGCACUUCAUCCAGGGGCUGGACCAGGACCUGCUCGGCGGGCCGUUCUGGGUCGUCCUGUUCUACCCGCUGUCCGCGAUCCAUGUGCUAUUCUGUGACAUACUGACGAACCCGAGCGAGCCAGCGGCGAUGGGGGAUCUGAGACUGUUGGAGGCUACCCCUGUGCUGGUAAAGAAUAUGCGGAACAUGUAUCUCAAGGACAGCGAGGUGGAGCAGCUGGCUCGAGUGGAAAGGUUCGUCGCGGAGCUGGUGAGACUAGGCCACAAAGCGGUCGCGAGAGCUCGG